CAUCAUAAAUACAGGCAAAUAAUAAAUUAUAAAAUGUAUACGUAGUAGUAAUUAGUCUGCUAAAUAAAAUGAAGUACUAAGUAGCCUAGUAUUGUAUUCUAAUCUCUUUAAAACUUAUCAACAAUAGUUCUGGAUUAUUAUUUUGUAACGUAGUACUUAAGUAUUACUGUUAAUAUUUAGAAAAUAUUAAUGAAAGAAGUGUAGAUUCUUAAACGUAGUUAUUUAUGUAGAAAGUGUUAAUUUUACAGUGUAAGCUAUUAAUACCUUACUUUUCAAUAUGACUUCAACAUUUAUCCUCAAAUCAAGUUGACAGCUCCUAAAUCACUAUCAUGAUGCUGUUACUAUGUAUUGUUGGCCUUGUGGCGUCUGCCACAGCUUCUCGUGAUCAACCAUUCACAGGACCUUUUAUGAGUAAAGAAGAAAAACGAGGAUUGAUGAAUGAAGCAAAAGAAAUGUUUUACCAUGCUUACAACAAUUAUAUGGACAAUGCUUAUCCGGCUGAUGAGCUAAUGCCAUUAAGUUGCAAAGGCCGAUGGCGCACUAAAGAGAAUAAUCGAGGUGAUAUGGAUGACGUUUUAGGAAAUUAUUCUUUAACUUUAAUUGACACUCUGGAUACGCUCGUUGUACUUGGCGAUAUACCAGAGUUUGACCACGCCGUAUCAAAAGUUGUUGCAGAUGUAUAUUUCGACAGAGAUGUUGUAGUUUCAGUUUUUGAGAUAAACAUCAGGGUUUUAGGAGGCUUAUUAUCUGGUCAUAUUUUUGCACAAUAUUUUAAAGAGAAUUCAAAUUAUCUGCAAUGGUAUAACGGAGAACUUUUAAACAUGGCUAAAGAUUUAGGAUACAGAUUAUUACCAGCUUUUAACACAACAACAGGAAUUCCAUAUUCAAGGAUAAAUUUAAAGUAUGGAAUUAAAAAGGAUCAACUACAUUAUUUCCAAGAAACCUGUACAGCUUGUGCUGGAUCUAUGAUUUUAGAAAUGGCUGCUUUAUCUCGUUUGACUGCUAUACCAAUUUUUGAGGAAAAAGCACAUAAAUCCAUGGAUAGCUUGUGGAGUCUUAGACACCGUUCAUCCAAUCUUAUGGGAACAGUUUUAAAUGUUGAUUCUGGUGACUGGAUUCGAAGAGAUUCAGGCGUUGGUGCUGGUAUUGAUUCAUAUUAUGAGUACUGUUUGAAAGCAUACGUCCUACUUGGAGAGAGCCGCUAUUUGUCAAGAUUUAAUAAGCAUUAUGCUGCAAUUAUGAAGUAUAUAAGUCAAGGACCAAUGUUAUUAGACGUACAUAUGCAUAGACCUCAAAUAAAUUCCAAAAAUUUCAUGGACGCAUUAUUAGCUUUUUGGCCAGGAUUGCAAGUACUCAGUGGUGAUAUAAAACCAGCAAUAGAAACACAUGAAAUGCUGUAUCAAGUUGUACAAAGACAUAAUUUUAUACCUGAAGCAUUUACUACUGAUUUCCAGGUGCACUGGGCUCAACACCCUUUAAGACCAGAAUUUUUGGAAUCCACUUAUUUUUUGUACAAAGCUACGGGCGAUCCUCACUAUUUAAAUGUUGCUCGAGAAGUAUUGCAAUCAUUACAAAAAUAUGCUAGAGUUAAAUGUGGCUUUGCUGCUGUUAAGGACGUCCGGACAACUGCAAAUGAAGACACAAUGGAUUCAUUUGUCUUAGCUGAAACAUUUAAGUACUUGUAUCUUAUUUUUGCUGAACAUGAUGAUCUCAUUAUUAAUAUUGAUGAAUAUCUGUUCACAACUGAAGGACAUUUGUUACCAUUGUAUUUAAGUGUUCAGCCACAAAAUUAUACUGACGCUGAUAAGAUUUUAGAUGAUGAAGCUGAUUUGCCAAAAAGAUCUUGUCCAAGUUUUGAUAGUUUGCUAACUGAAUCUAUAAGAAAGCCUUUAAAAAAUAUGGUUAAUGGACUAUGUCCUAAUCGUAAAUCAAGACUUCGGGCUCGAGAGUUUGCAAAAGUGUUUCAAUUUGGUAAUGAGGAACACAUGCAGAGAAUUAAAAAUAUGGGCAUUGUGAUAACAAAACUUCCAAAUGGUCUUCCACUGCUUUUUAUGAAUACUUCACAUGAGAGUAACCCAAAUGACCAAAUAGAUGGGCAUGAAUUUUUAACUGAACUUAACAUAAUUAUGAAGGACGUUAACCAAAAAGAUAAAGUUAAUUUAGCUAAAUCAGUUUCUUUUCUAAACAAAGAAAGCGAAAAAGUUAUUUUGUAUGCUGGUGCUGCUAAUUUUGGACUUCAGUUGAAUCUUGGACUCAAAGUUUCGGCUCGCAUUGCUGUUGCUAGUCCUGUAAAAGGAUGUGAAACCUUAAUAAACUCAAAUAUCGUAAAGGAAAAAAUUGUAUUAGUAGAGAGAGGUGGCUGUAUGUUCAUUGAAAAGGCCCGUAAACUACAAGAAGCUGGUGCUUUAGGAGCCAUUGUAAUUGAUAAUGUCACAGAUUCGUCAGUGAUGACAUCCCGAGCUUUUUCUAUGUCCGAUGAUGGCCUAGAUGAUGUUAACAUACCUAUGGUAUUUUUAUUUGCUUCUGAAGCUCGACCAUUACUAGAUAUGCUUAAUAGUGAUCCAGAUUUAGUUGUAACAAUUAGUGAACUUCCUAAAGAAAAUGAAAUGGAGGCUGAUUCUUUACAAAGUACUGAAACUGUGAUAAAUAAUUCAAUGAAUAAAUUAAAACAGAUGCUUGGGGAAAUACUGGCGUCCAAUGAUCCAACACAGGGUCAGGUUACUGAAAUACUAAAAUGGAAAGCAGAUGACAAUACAAUUGACAAGGAAUCAUUUUUGAAUUUGCUUAAAGAAGUUUCCAAUGAAUUGAAUGAAAAAGAUAAUGAUGAUAUUAUCAAAGUGGAUAAUUUACCAGCAUCUAACCAGGAAAGUUCUGAAAACGAUACCCGUAGGAAAGUUGAUCCGGACGAAAAUAACACUGUAGUUUUUUUAUUUUUCCUAAAUUUGUUUUUAUUUCUUACUAAAGCAAUUAUGGAAGAUCCGCCACCUAAAUCUGCUAAGCAAUUGGAAAAAGAAGCCAAAAAACUAGCCAAAUUAGAAAAAUUUAAGCAAAAACAAGAUCAAAAACAAAAUGCAGCUAAAGAAGAUAAAAAAGAGAAGAAAAAAGAACCAGUGAAAAAAGAUAAAGAAAUAAUAUUAUAUGAGAAAAAUACUGAGCCUGGUGAGAAAAAGGACAUUAGUUGUUCUAUGCCAGAUUCGUACAGUCCUAGAUAUGUUGAAGCUGCUUGGUAUAGCUGGUGGGAAAAACAAGGAUUUUUUAAACCAGAAUAUGGGAGAAAAAGCAUAUCCGAAGAAAAUCCAAAAGGAAAGUUUGUCAUGGUUAUUCCACCUCCAAAUGUCACUGGAUCAUUACAUUUAGGUCAUGCUCUUACUAAUGCCGUUCAGGAUGCAUUAACUCGUUGGAAUCGAAUGAAUGGUAAAACUACAUUAUGGAAUCCAGGUUGUGAUCACGCAGGAAUUGCAACUCAAGUUGUUGUUGAGAAACAGUUGUGGCGUACAGAAAAAAAAACUAGACAUGAUUAUGGACGUGAGAAAUUUAUAGAAAAAAUUUUGGAAUGGAAGGAGGAGAAAGGUGAUCGUAUUUAUAUGCAACUUAAGUUAUUAGGUUCAUCUUUUGAUUGGGAUCGUGCUUGUUUUACUAUGGAUCCUAAAUUAUGCCAUUCAGUCACAGAAGCGUUUAUUCGUUUACAUGAAGAAGGUGACAUAUAUAGGUGCAAUCGACUAGUUAAUUGGUCGUGUGCUUUAAAAAGUGCAAUAUCUGAUAUAGAGGUUGAUAAAGUUGAGUUGCCUGGACGCACUUUCCUAUCUAUACCUGGAUAUACUGAAAAGGUUGAAUUUGGUGUUCUUGUAUCUUUUGCUUAUCAAGUUGUUGGCGAAAAUGAAACAAUAGUAGUGGCUACUACACGAAUAGAAACUAUGCUGGGAGAUACAGCUGUGGCUGUUCAUCCAUCUGAUCCUAGAUACCGUCACUUGCAUGGAAAAUUUGUCCAACAUCCGUUUUGUGAUCGCCAAUUACCUAUUAUAAGUGACAAUUUUGUUGAUCGGGAAUUUGGAACUGGAGCUGUAAAAAUUACACCAGCUCAUGAUCCUAAUGAUUAUGAAGUUGGUAAACGACUUAAUUUACCUUUUAUAACAAUAUUUAAUGACGAAGGUUUAAUUAUUGGUGACUGUACUAAAUUUAAUGGAUUGAAAAGAUUUGAAGCCAGGAAAUCUGUUUUAGAAGCUUUAAAACAAAAAAAUCUUUAUCGUGAAACAAUCGAUAAUCCAAUGGUUGUCCCGAUGUGUAGUCGUUCUAAAGAUAUUGUAGAACCUCUCAUUAAACCACAGUGGUAUAUACGAUGUGAUCAAAUGGCUAAACAAGCAUCAGAGGCUGUUAAAAAUGGGGAAUUGAAAAUUAUACCAACCCAACAUAAUAAAACAUGGUUCUACUGGAUGGAUAACAUUAGAGAUUGGUGUAUUUCAAGACAACUUUGGUGGGGUCAUCGGAUCCCUGCUUUUUAUGUGACUAUAAAAAAUCAGCCAAAAAAUGUAAUAGAUGAAAAUGAAUACUGGGUAAGCGCUCACAACAAAGAAGAAGCGUUAGAAAAAGCUGUCAAAAAGUUUAAUGUACCAAAGGAAAACAUUACACUUAAACAAGAUGAAGAUGUAUUGGACACGUGGUUCUCAUCAGCAUUGUUUCCAUUUUCAAUUUUUGGAUGGCCUGAUAAAACUGAAGAUUUGAAUGUGUUCUUUCCUGGUACCCUUUUGGAAACUGGUUAUGAUAUUCUCUUUUUUUGGGUUGCUAAAAUGGUGUUUUUAUCCCAACGUCUAUUGAAGUGUUUACCGUUUAAGACCAUUUUUCUACAUUCAAUUGUACGUGAUGCUCAUGGCCGUAAGAUGAGUAAAUCAUUGGGAAAUGUUGUUGACCCAUUAGAUGUUAUAAGAGGCAUAUCACUAGAAAAUCUAAAUGAACAACUUCUAAAUAGCAACCUUGAUCCAAAAGAAAUUGACAAGGCUAAAGUCGGUCAGAAACAAGACUACCCUAAUGGAAUUCCUGAGUGUGGAACAGAUGCGUUACGGUUUGCUUUAUGUUCAUAUAUGUCUCAUGGACAUGAUAUAAAUUUGAAUAUUCUACGCGUACAAGGUUAUAGGUUUUUCUGCAAUAAGCUUUGGAACGCCAUUAAAUUUGCACUUAUGUAUUUUAAAGAAGGAUUCGAACCAUCGUCAAUAGUACAAAAUGAAAAACUAAGCAACAUGGAUACUUGGAUUUUGAGCCGUCUGUCAUCAGCUGUAGAGUUCUGCAACACAGCUUUUGAAAAUUAUGAACUUAGUACUGCUACAACUGCAUGUUAUAACUUUUGGCUGUAUGAUUUAUGUGAUGUUUAUUUGGAGUGUCUUAAGGCAGUAUUUGCAUCAAAUGAUCAAGAUAAAAUUUUAAUAGCUCAAAAUGUUUUAUUCAUUUGCUUAAAUACUGGUCUGCUUUUAUUGUCACCAUUUAUGCCAUUUAUCUCUGAAGAACUUUAUCAAAGGUUGCCUCAUUCUAAGGUUACCAAGCACAUAAGUAUAACUGUAGCUCCGUAUCCGCAAACGCAAAAUUAUCAAUAUCGCAAUUUAAAUGUUGAGAACGAAGUUGAGUUCAUCAAAAAAAUUGUUCAUAGCAUUCGUUCGGCUUUGUCAGACUAUAAUGUUCCCAAAAGUUCUAAAACUGAAAGCUACGUUAAGUGCAAUGAUGAAAAUACGUUGAGUACUGUAACUAAGUACACUAUGGUAAUUAUCACGCUUGCCAAUUGUAGCAAGGUAGAAACAGAUUCAUCUCGGAUACCUAAUGGAUGUGCUAUUCUCUCUGUAUCGGAGAAGUGUCAAGUUCAUCUUUUGCUGAAGGGCCUAAUUGAAAUACCGAAGGAAAUAGAAAAAUUAAAAAAGAAGAGCGAUCAAUUACAACAAACUGUGGAGAAAUUAACAAAAGCAAUGCUUGUUGCUGACUAUAAUACAAAAGUCCCAGAAGAUGUAAAAAAAACAAAUGAAGAAAAAUUAAAACAAUCUAAUGGCGAAUUAGAUAGACUUACUGAAGCCAUUGAAGUCCUUAAGAUAAUGGAAUCAUAAUGCGGACUUUAGGUUUUUUAUUUAUAAAUUCUAUAUAAUUUUGUUUAUCAAAACUUUAAUGAUUGACUUUAAUUAGUUAAUAGAACUUCCAUAAUAAUUGUUAUACUUAUAUUAUAGGUAUAAUUAUUGAUCUAUUUUAAGGAGCAUAUACAUUUUUUUUUGUUACAUUAGCUUGUUUUAAUGUAAAAUAACAUUGUUGUUUUCUAACAACAAGGGCUACUAAUUUAAUUGCAAUUCAAUAUAUCAAUAAUUAAAACUGAACAAUUAAAGAUUGUUUUUUCUUCAGACUUACAAUAAAGUUAACUUUCCUGAUUUAUUCACUUAUUUAAUAUUGUAACCUGUAAUCUUAGUUUUAGGAAUGUAAUUUUAUAUUUUAGUGGCUCAUCUUUAAGGACGAGACACGAUAGAAGUUGCUGUGCUGUCUGUCCGUCCCCAUUCUUAAUUAUAAUUAAAUGGUUUAUUUAUUAAAAGCUAAAAUUAAACAGAUAUCGGAGACAAGGCGAGCCAUGUCAAAAUAGAUAAUGAGAAACUUAACCCUUCACUGCAUAAUGUUCCAAAUUCUUUAAUUAGCAUUUUCCAUGAAACCAAAACUAAAAAAAAAUUAAUUUAAAUUUUUUUAAGUAAUAUUAAGUACAUUUAUAGCAUAUGGUUAAAAAAAAAUUCAUGCAGUGAAGGGUUAAUGCCUGCAAAUCUAAUAACAUUUACGAUCCAUUGGACAGUUUAUUAAAAUUAAAAAUAACCUUUUCGUUAUUGGUAUUGUACUCAAAAAAAUG